AUCAGUAUCAGAAGUAUUCACACAAUCAAGUUGACACUUUGUUUUUGCCGUAUGAUCGUGACUCAGUUAUGCAUUAUUCACAACUCUUAUCAAUUGACAAUGUUUCCAUUAAUAUAUCAAUACCAGUACCCCAAAAUCAUGAUGAAUUUGUUUCCUGGAACACAAUCGUUAAUGUCAACGACAAACUCAGUAAUGGUGAUAUAGCCGCAGCAAAUCUUAUGUACCAUUGUCCACAGUGUGGGGAAACUUUUUUUGAGCCUACUGGUAAGUUUGGACAAUCAUCCAAUGAUUCACAAAGUGAUUCCGAACGAUGUGAAUGGAGAAUCAGAGCUUCUGAUGGCAAAAGAAUUACACUUAAAAUAAAUUCUCUGAGUAUUCACCCGAGUUAUCUUUGCUUACUUGAUUAUUUAGAAGUUCGAAACGGAGUCUCGCCUGACAGUCCUGUUAUAGCACGUUACUGUGGGAUCAUCAAUGAUGUUGAAAUCAUAGCCAGUAAUUUUUUAGUAAUUACUUAUGUCAAAAUGUCUAUCUUUGCACCUAGUUUUUUUAUGGCCGAGUAUGAAAUCACCUGUAAAGAAACUGUUUACCUUUAUAGUGAUACUAUUUAUCAUUUGGAGUCGCCAAAUUAUCCAAAUUCUUACAUGCCGAAUAAACAAUGCCAAUGGUACUUUACUGCCCAUGAGAAAAGUGAUGAGAUUACGAUAAAAUUUGAUAUUUUCGCGCUCGAAAAAAGUAAAAAUUGCAUAAAAGAUUUUGUUAAAAUAACAGAAAGCGACGAAUCGACAAUUCUUGGAGUUUACUGCGGCUUAAUAGAUUCAUUGUAUGUUUAUUCCACGGAUAAUAAAUUGCAAGUUGAGUUCUCUAGCGAUGAAACGAUUGAAGGCUUUGGUUUCUCUGCUGCUGUGACUACAAUCAAAAAAUAGUUUUAAUUAUAUGUUUCUUUUAACUAAAAACAAUUUUUAUGUACUAU